UAGAAAAAAAAAAUACUAAGGAGCGCAAAGCCCGGCCGUCACACUGCUUGAAAAACAUGAUCCAGAGAAGAGCGACUCCUGCGCUUCAACACUUGAGACAACAAUUUCACUGCGAAUAAUUUCAAACCCCACAGACCAUCGCUGAGUCUGCUCCGUGCUCAACUAUUCUCCUCUCCAUUCUCUCUCUCAAUUUUUUUUUUUUUUUUUAAUCUUUCCUGCGCUGGAUCUUUCGUGCCAGAAAAUGUGCGUGGAGAGCGAUGGAUGCGAGAUUGAAGGCUGCAGCAGUUCGGAUGAGGUGCGCACGCUCUCGGGCAGCAUGAGCCCAGCGCUGAAAUCCAACCCGGACCUUCACCCGUGCAAACCGGGGCAGAAAUUCCGCGCGGCGCUGCUCAGAUGCCGCUCACCGGCUGCUGCCGCCGGGAUCCUCAGUUUUGGGAACGUCCUCAAUUACAUGGAUAGAUACACUGUAGCCGGUGUUGUGCAAGACAUCCAGCGGCAUUACGGAGUGACAGACAGUGGAAUCGGCUUGUUGCAAACAGUCUUCAUCUGCAGCUUCAUGGUGGCAGCUCCCAUCUUCGGUUACCUGGGCGACCGAUUCAACAGAAAGGUCAUCCUGAGCUGUGGCAUUUUCUUCUGGUCCAUUGUUACUCUGCUGAGCUCCUUCAUCAGCAAAGAGUACUACUGGCUGUUUGUACUCUCCAGGGGACUGGUGGGUAUCGGAGAGUCCAGCUACUCUUCCAUCUCUCCCACCAUCAUAGGAGACCUGUUCACUAAUAACAGCCGCACCAUGAUGCUCUCUGUCUUCUACCUGGCCAUCCCCCUGGGAAGUGGGUUGGGUUACAUCCUGGGCGCCAGCGCCAAGGUGGCUGCAGGGGACUGGCACUGGGCACUGAGGGUGUCUCCAGUUUUAGGGAUCACCGCUGGAACUCUCAUCCUGCUCUUUGUGCCAGAGCCAAAGAGAGGCAGCGCUGACCAGAUGGGACGCAUCAAGACCCGCACGUCCUGGCUCUGUGACAUGAAGGCACUCGCCAAGAAUCGGAGCUAUGUGUUCUCCUCCCUGGCGUCCGCGGCAGUGUCUUUUGCCACAGGUGCGUUUGGUAUGUGGAUCCCUCUGUAUCUGUUCAGAGCCCAGGUGGUGCAGAAGACGGCGGAGCCCUGCACAAACGGGAUCUGCAGCAGCACAGACAGCCUAAUCUUCGGGGCGAUCACCUGUGUGACAGGUCUGUUAGGCGUGGUCAUCGGGGCGGCCACCACACGCCUGUGCCGCCAGAAGACAGAGCGAGCCGACCCGCUUGUGUGCGCUGUCAGCAUGCUGGGCUCGGCCAUCUUCAUCUGCCUCAUCUUCGUGGUGGCCAAGAAGAGCAUCAUAGGAGCUUAUGUUUGCAUCUUUAUAGGAGAGACACUGCUUUUCCUGAACUGGGCCAUAACAGCAGACAUUUUAAUGUUUGUCGUUAUCCCCACAAGGAGAGCAACGGCGGUCGCCUUUCAGAGCUUCACCUCUCAUCUCCUGGGUGAUGCAGGAAGUCCGUACCUGAUAGGCCUGAUCUCCGACGCCCUUCAGGAGAGCUACGCUACGUCAGCGCUGUGGCGGUUCCUCAGCCUGGGCUAUGCCCUCAUGCUCUGUCCCUUCAUCAUCGUCCUGGGGGGCAUGUUUUUCCUGGCCACUGCGCUGUUUUUCCUGGAUGACCGGGAGAAGGCCGAGAAACAGUUGAGCCAGCUGACACGGCCACCCUCCUCAGUCAAGGUGACAGCCACAUGAGGAACCAUAUGAAGGAGCAACCAAACCCAAUAAGGAUGGAGAUUGAAAAGUGAGGGCAGCUGAUCCACUUCUUUAAAACCACAUCCAUGUUCUCUUCACCGCUGUCACCGCUACGAUCAUCCUCCUCUUGGCUCCUGCUGCUCUUCCUUUCUUCACUCUGGUGGAGGCUGCUCAGAACUGGAACGAGGGAGCGUCUUGCCCCUCCUUGAAACGCCUCCAAAUCACAGGUCGGUGAGAAGGCGCACAGCAGUGUGCUGAACCCGGCCGGCUGACAGCUGGUGUCCUCUUCACCUCUGUCUGCCAGGAUCCACUGAACCUUCCAGGGAGGAGGUGGGGUGGCAAAAUCCCCCGUGACCCCUCCAACUCCUGAUGUCAUACUACUGAAUGCCGACCAUGAACCUGCCCUGUCUGUCUGCUUGUCUGUCCAACAGUCUAUCUCUAUGUGUCUGUCUGUCUGUCUGUCUGUCUAUUACAUCGGCUGUCAAUCUGCACCAAGUGCCAUAGCGUCAUUACAUUCCUUCAGACUUUGCACUGACCACCGACAACCCUCAUGACUUCAUCACUGACUAUGUUUACAUGCACACUAUAAUUCAAAUGACUUUGAUUAAGCAGUUUGCGUAUCUCUGCCAGACAGCAGAAGCAGCUGCAUUUAUGAAUUGCAGUUUGGUGUCUCUGUGGCUCUGAUGCAAAUCUUCCCCAAUUCAUUCUGCCCUGUAAACAGACAGAAGCUGUAAAAUGGAGCCAAUGAUGCAACUUGUUUAAAUUUGCUGCAGGAAUAUAAUUCACAAGUGGUGUUCAUCUGUUUAAACAAGCCUCCAAUGAUAUGACUAACAUCAGAUUACUCUGCUAAUCUGAAAGGAAUACUUCGCCUGCAAAAAUGCCAUUUGUAUAUCAAUAAUUCACCCCAUGUUACAAUGAAUUUAGGGAAAAAAAACUUUGUAUUUUGCGCCACCCUUCACAGUGAAUGGAGAAUCCAAAAACGAAGAAAUGUGUUUACAAACUCUCACACAACUGGUGCAUCAUCAAGUCUCAUUUAUCCAGUCGUAUGUUAACUAUUUCCUAAAUACAUGCAUUUUCUGUGGGGGUUCUGCAAGGACAAAGUCACGUGGUGAGUGACGCUAGCCAUUGAUUUACCACGUUUCAUUUCGCAUUGACCCCACACACUUUGUGACAGAAUGCAACAUAUGAUCGUCAAUAACUGUGCGACAAGUUUUUGAUUGACCUUCACUGUCCACCGUCACUGUCCCAGAGGGUUCUGUGAGCUGAGUGGACUAGAAAUGUCAGCUGUUGCUAAGUUGUUUCUAAGGUUCAUCCUAUUAACUGGAGAUGUAACUAAUGUUUCCAUUGCAUAAGAACCUCAUGGGGAACAGAUUGUUCCAGGUAUUAGGUAUUAGGUAAACCCUCAGGUGUAAAGAGGUAAACCAAGUUAUAGCUUCUGAAAAACUUCAGAUUUUGAUUGCAAAAAGCAUAAAAAUAUUAAUGAAUAUUAUUAGUUAACUCCACCACAAGUAAAAGUCCUGCGUUCAAAACCUUACGUAAAAGUAUGUAAGUAUUAUCAGUGAUACUAAAAGUACUUAAUGUAAAAGUACUCAAGUUUUAUGGCCCGCUGAAAAGAAAAUCCUAGAAGUGUAUUUUCCUGCAGAGACUCUGCCCUCUGCUUGUAUUUUCUUAUUUUCUGUGUUUGGGACAUUGAUAUGUGUGUGUGUGUGUGUGUGUGUGUACCCCUGAAGCGUUCAGGUGAGGUCAGGGCUUUAUAAAAAGGUGGCAACCAGGUGUCAGACUGUAAGCAGCAGGCAUCCAAGACACACAGCGACCAAAAAAUACAAAUAUAGCGAGGCAAAACGCUAAAUGAGAAUGAAACUGGGGUUGGCUCUUACUUUCUUUUUCGCUGGCAAAUGUGUUGACAAACAGUAACCGACAAUCCUGCGUCGUACACCUUUAAACGCAAAUUUUCUCAGUUUUUGGAUUCUUCAUCCACCUUGGAGACAUGCGAGAAAAACAAAGCUUUCUUCACUAAUUCAACAUAACAAUUGAAAUCGAAUGGUAAUUUAGCAGGUGAAGUUUUCCUUUAAUCACAGUAUUAACAAGAUGUACUUCAAAUGUAAAUACAGUGUUUACAUGAUGAAUGCAGUAUUCUCACAUAACCAAUGGAAGUUUGUGCUGUGCAUGUAAACAUAGCCGUCAAACCAAGAGCCAAAAGUGUUACUGUCUAGAGGUCAGUGAAUCAGCCUUAAUAAUUGGAGCUUUCACAUCAACAGCUGUUUCUUUUGACCCCCACAUGUUGUUUUUAUUUUUAGCUUUUAGCACUUAACAUCAGCAAAGACAGUGCCAGAUAACAUGACAGAGAUGAGAGAUUUCUGCACAUUAUUUUUCACAAGAUUUCUUGUAAUUUUUUUUAAUUUUUUAUUAUUAUAUUUUUUUGUUCUGUGUGAUGUUGGAUUUGAAACUGGAGGUUUCUGCCUAUGAUUGUUUCAGAAGGACGUUGAUGCAAUCCGGGCGAUUUAAAGUGGACACUGGACUAUAUAUGUUUUAUAAUUUAUAAUGCUUUUCCCAAAAGUAAAUGAAAUGCUACUCUUUUGACUUUUUAAGGAGUAGUACUUGUGUUUUUGUGUACACAAGAAGCAAUACAAACAUUUUUGAGGAAACCAACCUUUUUAUCCACACUGCCUUAUCAGUGAGCUAGUUUUCUCUUUAAAGGGGCAGCUUUCUGAUGGUUGGUUUUGAAUUUCCGGACACGACACCCACACAGAGUCGCUUUUAAUGAUGGAUUCCAGUCCAGUCCACGCUGGUUACAAUACCAGGCAUUGUGAAAAGAGACCUUUCCCCCUCGCAAUUGUAGAUAUCCCAUUCCACGAUUAGAAGAAAGGACCUUUGAGAAGAGCUGGAGUCACAGUCAUCAGUUUAUUACUGAGGGGAAUCAAAAUCCCAGACAGGAACAGGAAAUCCUUUCGCCCCAGGUUAGACUGAUGGCAAGGAAUCCCCCUUUGAAACCAGACCAGCGUGUCCUCAGAUGUCACAGCAGGAGCUGAAAAACUGAGUCCUCUUCAAUAAAUGCACCAGAGAAUAACAUGGAGGUUUACACACAGGGUUCCCACGGUCAUGAAAUUCCUGAAAAAGUUAUGGAAUAAGAAAAACUGUUUUCCAGGCCUGGAAAUGGUCCCAAAAAAAUGUCGAACGUUAUGCAAAAUACGCUCCCUGUAUUACUAACUUUAAAUCUAGUACUGCGCUGUCUGACUGUUGAAAUGUCACAAGUGUCAUAUGAUACAUAAAAACAAGACCAGAAUUAUGUCAUCGCCAAGGCUAUACUCCUUUUGGGGGAAAGAAACACACAGCCGACGCAUCAGGAGAGAAACAGAAAAAUGCUGAAAAGCUGUUGUAUAGGAAGGUAACCAAGGUUUUCGCACUGAGAUUUGAGCCACAUAAGAUACGUGAAUAUUCACUGUCAGUGCCAUAAAUCACAAAUUGAUGCUGGCGACAGUUUCUACUGAUGGAUAGCUAAUGUUAGCUUGAGUGGAAGGUUGCUGUAGUCACUUUACAGUCACACAGCACAACAACGUCAGACUGUUGUCAGUUAUUUUCAGACAACACUGAGUCUAAUGAUACCUGAUGGUUCAAUCAAAUGUACAACAACACAGUUUAUUGGGUCAUUCAUUCCCUCGGGUAGAAGAAGCCCGGGGGGACAUGAUGACGAUCUACCUAAGUUUCUAAAAUCAAUUAACAGACAUGUCCAUAAAACAACUGUAACAAGAAAUAACCCAGCUGGCUCCGCAUGUCAAUAUGACGUCACAAAGACGUUGGACUCUUAUGUUGGACAGACAUUAAAUGUCUAACAACGCUAGAAUUUCACAUUGUGUGGAUGUUAAUAUUUUGACAUUUUGCAGACGUUGGGUUUUGGCCUCCAUACCUUACAACUAAAUUCUGUUCCUUUACGUCAAAAUAAUGUUAGUAUGAAAUGUUAGCUAAUGUCAACUUAAAACCAACAAAAUAUCAACCUCAUCUGUCGUCAGUAUUCUACAUUACAUUGAUAUUGGCAUUAAACGUCACCCAACCUAAAUUCAACCAGAUGUUACUGUCUAACAAGCUGGGAAAUACAAACUUGUCAAAAUUAUCAUCAUCUAAACAUACGUCAAAUUGACAUCUAUAUGAUCUUUGGUUUUCUAUCCCCAAAAAGGGGCGUGGCAUUGAUGUUUUGUGAAGUACCCGUAUGUGAAGAUCUGGUCUAUUAGCAUAUCUACCUAGUUGAUGGCAGGAAUGUGGAAUGAGCGAGUAAAGUCACCACGCGCUAGCAGUUUCUUUGUCUUCACAUGCCUGGGAAGUGCUAUAUUGCUAUAUAGGCUUAUCCAUUAAACUACUAUAAUAAAAAGUAAAUUAAAGUUAAAAUAAUAUGGAAAAGGUCUGAAAAUGUAUUGGUAAAAAUGUGUGGGAACCCUGUACAUAAAAAUAGAAGUACACAAUUGAUAAAACCUGGAUUUGAUGUCAUCACUCUUUUAAUCUUUAAUGUAAAAUCCCAGAAACAAAGCUUUAGCUAGAUGCUUGUACAUACAGAGAUUUACGCAAACCCUUCAUUUACUUAGAAGCUACCCUGAAGGAUUUUGUUGUUUAUUACCUGGUGGAUACAAUUUUACUGAAACCUUGGAGCCACUAAUGGAGUCAAAGGUUUUAAAACUGGUGCAUAAAAGGGAAAAAAAGCACUUUGCAGACCUCCAAGAAAACACAGGAGGAGGAGGAGGAGGAUGGAGUGACCUUAGCGGAGGAAUAAAGGGAAGCGUUGAGGUGGUUCUUGUAGCAUCGAUGUGUGAGCAUGACUCACUGGCUGUGUGUGGGGUGCUGUGUGGGCUGUGUCCUUGCUGCCAGAUCAUUAGCUUUAGCUUCUCUCCAACUGCGUGGAGCUCUCUGAAUGUGAUUCUGUCCAACCUGACGUGUUUACACACCUACAUCUUCUUAAUGAACUAAGCUUCUUACCUUCCUUUUGUUGAUUUUCUUAAUGUUACCAAAUGAGGUUUUUUUGUAAUAACUACAAUAGAGAGAUAUAUAUAUAGCUAUAUCACGCAGCAACUUUAAUAUAUUGUAAAUGAUGGCUUGGAUGCAAUGUAUUUAUUUGUUUGUUACCAUAAUGAAGAAUAAUCUAUAAAGGGAAGUUUAAAGUUUGAGUAUACCACACUUUGUUGUAUGUCGUUGGGUUAGAAAAUGCCUGUUUGUUCAUCCUUUUGUAUCACAAUGAAACAACACAAUACCUUUUUACAUCACAAGGAUUCAUCCUGUUACUGUGAUCACCGAUUGGACAUCUCACACAUAUUACACACAAAAGAAACUGCAAUGUGAUGGAUUCAAGACAACUUAUUGGUCUCAUGUUUAGGGUGCAAUAUUUUUGCAUUCAUUUUUGUAGCUCUUGUAAAUGUUGUUUUUUUUUUGUUUUGUUUUUUUUAAACUGAUCAAACCAUUUUGCACACUUAUUGUUCAGGGAUUUAUUUGAACCACAGCAUCAACUUCGUGCUCACAGUACAGUACACAUGCUGACAUGCUGUCAUCUGUCGUGAGAAGGGACGUUGGCUCUGGUCAGAUGGGUCAUGAAUUGAGUUUCACUUUGCCAAAUUUAGUUGAUUUAGCAGCAAUCCUUUAGAAGUAUAUAAGUCCAUUGUAUCGAGUAAUUCUAUGUUAAUAAUCACUGAAGUGAUGUAUUGAGAAUGUGCUAUUUCUUGUCAUACAAGAAUCAUGUAUAAAGAAACCUAUUUCUGAUGUUGAGCAGAAAACAGAGGUUAUUUUUUAUUUUUAGAGCAAGUCAAUACAAGAGAAGUGUAGAGAAAUCAAAGGAUAUUAUUGUAGAACUGAACUGUGAUGCUCCCUCAGGGGGUUGAUAGAAAAUGUACAUGUCUGUAAAUCAAAUAAACCUAUUUAAUCACUUCA